AUGAAGGUUUCUUGGUUGACAGCAUUGGCCUUUGGUCUCUCCGCCGAGGCCCACUGUAUCAUCCAGAAAGUCACAGUCAACGGUGCCGAUCAAGGCUCCCUUGUCGGCCUUCGCGCUCCCAACGAUAACAACCCAGUCUACGAUGUCUCAUCGUCCGACAUCAUCUGUCAGAAACAAGGCUCAACCUCCAACAAGCUGAUCAACGUCGCCGCGGGAGAUAAGCUCGGAUUCUGGGCUCAGCAUGUCAUUGGUGGGGCGCAAUUCCAAGGCGACGCGGAUAACCCGAUAGCCAAGAGCCACAAGGGUCCGAUCACGGUGUGGCUUGCUAAGGUCGACGAUGCCGUCUCAGCCUCCAAGACGGGUCAGAAGUGGUUCAAGGUCUGGGAGGACACGUUCAACACGGGCACCAAGCAGUGGGGUGUCGACAAUAUGAUUGCCCAGAACGGGUGGAUUAACUUCCAACUACCGAGCUGCAUCGCCUCCGGCCAAUACCUUAUGCGCGUCGAGAUCCUCGCCUUGCACUCUGCUAAGAGCCCCAUGGGUGCUCAAUUCUACAUAUCCUGCGCGCAGCUUCAGGUUACAGGCUCUGGAUCCUUCUCGCCGAGCUCGACUGUCAGCUUCCCAGGGGCGUACCAGCCGAAUGAUCCAAGCAUUGUGAUCAACAUAUACGGCCUCACGGGACAGCCCGACAACGGAGGCAAGGCAUAUAAUGCUCCGGGUAAUGUUCCUGUCAUUCAGUGUUAG